UGGGAAGGGGUGUUCCUCCCCAGAGAUCACAGUGCUCAGGCAGUGUCUGAUGUAAGAGGGAUCAGCUCCUUCCACAGAAGAGGUGCUCACAGGAGGGCCUCCCAUCUCUGCCCCUGCCUCUGAGCCCUGGCCUGCCAUGCGCGGGCUGGCAACAAAGGCAGAGAGAGAGACAGCCUAGGUGUUGUGUGCUCCAGAGUAGGGAGAGGGCAGAGAAGCCUCUUCCCACUCACCUGGGCCUGGUGCCUUCCAGGCGGACCAGAGGAGCUCAGCAAUAAUUCAGGGGCUCCAGCUCUUUGGAACUUGUUGCCAGGAAACAGGGAGACAGGCACGUGCAUCCCUGGGGAGAGGAAUCGGUUUCCAGCCCAGACAGGGCAGUGAAAUGUAAGCCCAGGGCACUGCCUGGGGGACUCGGGACCUUCCCACUCCAGUUCACAGAGGCUACGUGGGGACAUCGGGCAGGGCCCUGCUGACGGCACAGCAGGUAUGGCUCUAGUCACAGGGGCGCCAAUGUGGGUCCCGGGUCCAAGGAUUUGGAAAUGGACUCAGUGAAAGAAGAGGACUUUUCUGAAGCCAUGCCAAGAGAUCAAAUUUAAGUACUCCUGCGAAGGAGGCCUCUGCGGGGAGAUGUCGCUAUUAUGCUUGGCCAAUAUGGGUCACGGCAAGGGGCCGAGCUGGCAGGAGCCCGCUCUGUCCCACCCCCACCCUAGACUCCUUGGAUCCGUUCACUUGCUGGGCACUGUGCCAGCUGGGGAGGCUGGUGCAUCUUUAAUGAAGUCACCAGAUCCCUGGGACAGGCUCUCAGUCUUACCAAGUUCCUAAGCCAGACCCACUGGGUGCCCGCUGAGCCGCUGCCUCCCUGUACCCCGGUGCCAGGCCCGUUUCCCCUGCAGCUAUGAACCAGGCCUUCUGGAAAACCUACAAAUCCAAAGUGCUGCAGACCCUGGGUGGGGAAUCUGAGGAGGAACUGGCAGAGGAGAGGGAGAACCCAGCUUUAGUGGAGUCUGAGACAGAGACAGCAGAACCGACCUCAGAGCCCUUCAAUCCCAUGUCACAGCUGGCCCGCCGGGUUCAGGGGGUCGGAGUGAAAGGCUGGCUGACAAUGUCAUCUCUGUUUAACAAGGAAGAUGAGGAUAAGCUGCUGCCGCCAGAGCCCUGUGCUGACCACCCGCUGGCGGCGCAGGCAGCGGCGGCCGCGGAGGCAGAGGCGGCGGCGGAGGCGGCGGCGCAGCCCCAGCCGCGGGGGCUCGGCUUCUGGGACGCCUUCGCCAGCAGGUGGCAGCAGCAGCAGGCGGCCGCGGCGUCCAUGCUGCGCGGCGCCGAGCCCGCCCCGGAGCGGGACCCCGAGGCCGAGGCCGGCGAGGAGGCCGCGGAGGAGGCGGCCGAGCAGCCCGGGCCGCGGGAGACCGACGCGGCGGCCGACUUCAAGUGGGGCUUCCUCACCCACAAGCUGGCCGAGAUGCGGGUGAAGGCUGCGCCCAAGGGUGACUAGCCGGCCGGCCAGCCUGGGCGCCCCCUCCUCCUGUCCCACAUAAAACCCUGGACCCACAGCCCGUGUGACCGCGUGGUUCUGUGUGUGGACGGUCGGGAAAGCUGCUUUUUUUUGGAGGGCAACCUCAGGGUGAGGGUCCAGCUGGGGGAAUCCUUCCUGAUCCCACAAACAUACAGGGAGAAAAUGACCAGGGACAGCCAGGGGAUCCGGAUGGGUUGUGUUAGAUUUAGGGUACAACUUUCCAAGAAGCUGGGGGACCCCUGAGGACAGACUCCAUCGCUCUGCCCAGCCUCUUUUAUUGAUUUCAGAGAGGAAGGAAGAGAGAGAGAGAGAGAGAG